CGGCGGGCGCGGGGCCCCGGGGCCGCCAUGGCUGACGCGUUCGGCGGGGCGGAGUCGGGCACGCAGCUGCUUGCACGACUUGAGGGCAGAAGUUCUCUGAAGAAUCUCGAACCUAAUCUGUUUGCUGAGGAAGGAUCUCCUGUUCAUGGAGAUGUUAUUGAAUUCCAUGGCCCAGAAGGGACGGGAAAAACAGAAAUGCUUUAUCACCUUCUAGCCCGCUGCAUCCUUCCCAAAGCAGAAGGAGGACUGGAAGUAGAAGUCAUGUUUGUUGACACAGAUUACCAUUUCGAUAUGCUCCGCCUGGUCACCAUUCUGGAGAACAGACUGGUGCAAGGGACAGAAGAAAUGAUAAAGCAGUGCCUGGGAAGGCUUUUCCUUGUGAGCUGCAGUAGUAGCACCCAGUUACUCCUCACUCUUUACUCUCUAGAAAACCUGUUCUGCGCUCACCCCUCGCUCUGUGUUUUGCUUUUAGACAGUUUAUCAGCUUUUUAUUGGAUAGACAGAAGCAAUGGAGGGGAGAGCCUCACCUUGCAAGAGACGAACCUGAAGAAAUGUGCUAACUUCCUUGAAAAGCUUGUGACACAGCACCACUUGAUCCUCUUUGCAACAACACAGACACUAAUGCAGAAAUCUGCAAACUCUACAGAAAGCUUUUUACCUUUAAAACUUCCACAUGAAACUGACACAGACUACAGACCGUAUCUCUGUAAAUCAUGGCAGCAAAUGGUAACCCACAGGAUAUUUUUCUCAAAGCAGUGUAAUUCUGGCAACAGCAAAGGUUUUACUGUAGUUUCUUGCCACCUCAAAAGGCACCAGAUCGUAAAACGUUCAUUUAGUGUUGCAGAAUGUGGAGUUCAGUUUUAACACGAGUUCAUUUUGUAAGUGUUUAUCAAAUCCUGGUGCUUAAGGCCUGAUUAGGUCUAAGUAGCUUUUAGUAACUUUUCAACUAGCUGGUUGUUACUGGGUGAUUGAUAAUUGUUGUCACCAUUUUCUUGAAAUUCGGUGAAGGGCAGGGAAUGGUAAAAUUUUUGAAUUACUUUAGCAAUUUAGUCCAAACUACAGAGGAAUGUUGACAUUACUUGCUUGUCCUUAAUCAAGAAAAUGGUAACCAAAGACACAUAAAGUCCUGGUAUCCUUCAGCAAUCUAACCUAUGUGGCCAAAUGCCUAUUGGAAUUUCUGGGCCUUGCUGCUUUACACUCCUUCUUCUCCAAACUCCAGAAGUAGGAGCCUACUUGUCUGUGGCAGAAGUUGCAGAGAGGCCAGAGUUCACUCUUUAUAAACAUUGGCCUUGGUUUAUUCCCUCUAGCUUUGGGCAUAAGAAAUGCUGAUUUUGCUUGAAGAAGAGGAUCCAUUUUCACAGGCUGUUAAGUAGUGGUGAUCCUGGCUGUGCUGCUUCUCCUGGCUCUCAGCCUCUCCAUUUACAUUAGCGAGUGCUCAGAGGAGCUGGGAUUGCAGGUGUUCUGACCCUUACCAACGUCUGGCAUUGAAGAAUCUUCAGCUAUUAAAGAAAUAGAGGCCUGAUUUCCAUAACUGAAGGAAAAGUAAAGACCUAGCUCUGGGUAGCUGUGAGUUUGUGCUGCAUGCAGCAAACAGUUUAGUUUUUGAAAAUAAUUAAGUGCAAGUUACGAGUUGUUUUGGGAGUGGAGGUUGUUUUUUUGGUUUUUACCAUUUUUUAAAAUGAUGCACAGACUUUUUUCUCUGCCCUCCCUCAUUAUUCCUUCCCACUUCUUUCCCUUCCCCACUCUCUCUAAGAAAUCCAGGAAUGCCAUCCCUCUAGUCUUUACCAAUAUGUAUUUGCCACAUGUAGAACAUUUGUGUGCAGGAUUUGGCAUGUAACGUGUUGCAAUUCUGGCAGAGAAGAUUCAGAACUAAUGAGAAACGCCCUACAGUUCUGGCAAAGAACACCACAUUAUUUAUGAACCUAGAGUGCCCUUUGAAAGCUUCAAAGUGCUUUACAAGAAAGAAAAUUGCACGCAGUACAUUAUUUAAUACAAAAACUUACAUUAGCUACAAAUUCAGAUUACUCAAACAAGGGGGAAAUACUUCUUGCAGCGAUGUUUGUUCAGUCAUGUUGCUCAGCACGUUUUAUAGUUUAGAUUGACGAGAUUAAUAACAAAAAUGCAUAUUAAGAAGAAGUAUCUAGCUCAGUAUCUUUUUGAGGAAUAUGCCUAAAAAACUGUUGUGAGACACUUACCUUUGAAUUUCCUGACUUCUGAAGCAGUUUUUUCAAGUUGAAUGUAUGUCUGGAAUCCCAGCUGUGUAUAGUUCAGUUACCCUCUUGGGUUCCACUGUGUCUGUGCGCAACGAAUUUGGUUUAAUUAUUCUUUCUGUGGGAAAACUUCUUUUUUUCCCUUCUCAUUUUAAACCUUCCAUCUUAUCACUUCUUCACUCCAUCAGUUCUUUUACUCUGACACAUGAGCAAACUUUGCCUUUUCAACAUCUCCCCAGAGCUGAUGAUUUUAUAGAAUGUCACUUCAUUUGUGCUUUCUCAUCCAUCAGCACCAAUAUGUGUUUUAUUUCAAAACCCACAUAAGUACACAAAUCCAUGAAAAAAUAUAGAACAAGCAUUCAGCCUAGAGUGGACCCAAGUUUACCACAGUAGAUACUUCCGCUAUGAAUUAUGAUAAAAGAGCAUUGCUGAUUUUUUUGUAAAAAAGAAUGGGAAAUUUCAAGUAGAGAUAGAGAACUUUAAAAUCUGAAAAUUGUAGGACUGUGUAAUUUCUACUAGAAAAAAAUAAAAAACAGCUCCCCCUUUCCAUUGGAGAAUACAGCUCCAUUGAUGAUUAACUUCUUCAUAAAAUCAUACUUGCUUGAGAAUAUGCUUGAGGAAGAAAAAAUUGAUAUGUUCUGGCAUUCCUGUCUGGAAAAAAAGCUUUUAUAUUAUUCACAAUGUAGUUUUUAUUUUACAUUGUACUAUAAAAGAAAUGCCUAAAUUGAAAUGAAGCCAAAGUUCUAGUUGAUCAAAAAGAACACCUCAGGAAAUUUUGAAACUUCCCAGUUUUAUUUUUACUUUGAAUGCAGACAGGUUUUUUAAAUUCUCUUUUAAUUGUAUUAUUCAUGCUCUGCACAUUUGUUUUAGCUGUAUAGCAAGCCUGGAUUUCUGAGGUGCUGAGCAUCUACAUAUCCCUAUAAUGCUGCAGUAGAGAUAGGCAGUAAUCUGGGAGUUCACUGACCUCAUCCUCUGACAAAAUUAUGCCAUUUGGAAAAAUGAACCUUUAGGACACAAGUCUCAAAGAUGCAGUGAUAAAGAACCCAGGAAACAGCAAUUUUAUUUGUAUUAGUGCUUAAUGCUCUGUGGCUAUUUAACAUGUGGUUUGCCAUUUUUUAAAUGGAGAAUUUUCUCAAAAUUUUGUACCAAUUGUAGUUAAUGGAGAGUGCAGUCCUUCCUUGUGCUGGAGGAACAGUGUAUGAAAUGUAGCAUUACUGGAAUACUCUGGUUAAUGCAGAUCCUCCUCUUUCACCUAGACCUGAGGUACCAGCCUGUCUCCAGCCCAGUGUCUCACCUGGGGUGCCCUGAGCUGCUGCAGCUCCAUCUCCCAGGGAGGAAGCAGCUUUCGGGUUAGUAGGUCUGUGCUAAAUCAGCCCUGCACAAGAGCAUGGAAUACAUGUAUUCCUGAGCUCUGAUUUACUCAGGUAUUUCUCAGAAAUGAAAAUCCUUUCAUGUCAGUGCCAUUGUUCUUCAGCUCAGGGUGGUAUUAUUAAGGCUUUUGUAGAUUCAGGAACUUUUUACAUUCCUUAGAAUUUUGUUUGUUGUUUCAUAUGCGAUGUGGAAUUAAAGCAGCAAGCUUGAAAUAAAGAGGAACUAGUUCACCCUUUCCCCCAUCCUUUUCAUAACGAGAGGGCUCCAUAGCAAAACCAAAUUAAGGUAUUUUGCAGGUUUUAUAUUUAUUUUCUACUAAACUAGUAUUUCUAUGGACACCUGGAAAGAAAAUGUUGAGUUUUAUAUUCAGUUAAAAGUUCUUUAUAUUCCUAGACUUUAUAGAGCAAAUAAAAUACAAAACAGUUUGCUUGGUUUGAGUUUGCACUUGCACAUAAAAUUCAAGUUUCCUUUUUCUUAUAUAACUAAUCUGAGAAACUUAAGUUUCCCUGGAGUUUGGAAAUGGCAGAAGAUAAAUGUUCUCCCAUGGAAACAUACUUGCAGUUGUAUUUUUGCUGUAGAGUAAUGGAGAGAGGAAGAGGAAAUACCACUUGGAUGGCAGCUGUAUGGAAGCCUUGGACUGUGUCUGAAGAGGAACAUAACUUUUUACUUUUCUGUGUCUGCACUAAUAAAAUGUCUCUUGAACCUCUUCAUUCAAAUGUACUUUUGAUAUCCAAAUACCAUACUGGGGCAAAGGGCAGCAUCAUUUUGCCAUCACCAGGCCUGAUGCCAAAGUUAACACCCACCCCAGGAUAAAGCUGUGCCACAGCACCAAGCUCCAGCUGGUGAAGGACGUUGCAGUGAAUUCACACCUGUGUAAAAGCUGCAGACAGAUGCCAACAACUACAGAGUAGCACAGGAUCUCUGCAUUUAGUAAAGAAGGGGAGGCACUGGAAGGGCUUAGAAGACUUUGGCAAUGGGAAAAAAAUUCAGACAGGUAAAGGAGCAUGAGUAUAAUGGAUUUGCAUGAUCUGGAUGGAAAACUGAUGCUCAGCAGCAGUGUCUGAAAUCAAAGGUCUGGCCAUCCCUGUGUGCAAGAGAAGACAGCAGAGUGGCACUGGGCUAUGAAUAACGUAGAGUGUGACAAAAGGGCCCAUGGACUGUUCACAGACCUGUGUAGCAUGGUAAUACUUUCAAAGAGAAGGUUGACUAGAGUGGACCUGUAGGUUGUUCCCAUCUGGGAAUAUGGAUUCCACUAUGUAGAUGCUUUAUAGCUGAUUUAUAAUGAAAAUAUAAAACUCCACUGCUCUGGACCCAGGAGGAAUUAACUGUAAAAACAGACUUCCUGUUUUAUGUUGGGGGUUUUUUCCCUCCAGCUUUAGGCACCUUCCCAACACUCAGCUCUUAGCUCCAGAGCUCUCUUGCAGCUUUCUGUGGCAGGAGCAAGCUUCACUGAAAGUGAGUCGUUCUCUCCUUUGCUGAAGGUUUAUGUACACACUUUAUUACUGGGCUACCCAGAGAGGGAAGCUUGAACCCAUGUGACACAUCAGUGUUACUGGUAAGUAGCUGUGGAGGCUUGAUUCUGUUGGCAAUCAGGAGUAAUGUCACAUUUGAGCAGAUGAUUUUGAAGAAACAGGGCUGUGACUUCAUUUGGGAAAAGUCUGGCACUCUUUCCUCUGCUUUCCCACCCUGCUUUGCACCAUGCCCCAGCCAGCUGGUCGUUGUACCUGUGUGGGCCUCAGUGCUCCAGGAUAGCGGUGACAAGAUGUCACCGCCUUGCCAAAUGUUGGUGAACAGCCAUGUUUGGAUCUUGGCACUCGCGUUCUGCAGGAGCUGGCACAACCACUAGAGUUAAUUUAAACCUUUUGCCAGGUUUCUUUCUCAUACAUCUCACUGGGCCUGUGCUAAAGACCUCCUGGCCGUGGGGGAUAUAGGAAAGAGAAGAAAUCUUGGUGUUUGAACAUAAGGACAAGAUUUUAGGCCAUUGCUCCAAAAAGAGGCCAAGCAAGGCUGUGAGAUUUCUGCAGUGGCAGACAGAAGUCAAGGUCUCAAAGGUGGCUUGGCAAAGGUCAAGGAAUGGACUCUACAUCUGUCAAGGGAUGAAUAAUUUUGACUUGGAAUAUUUGCACACUCUCACACUGCUGAUGGAGUAGACAAUGCUCUGGUGGGCAGUGCUGUCUCUGAGGCACUCUGGCUCCAUCACUGACAGUUCUGUCUCCAUCCCAAUAUCUCUCUGAGGAGGGGAGUGAGAGGGGAGAGGGUUGAAAAGAGGGAAGGCUGUUAGAGAAACUCCUCAAUGCUUUGCUGAUGUAUGGGAAACAGGAGAGCCAUUUGGUCAUCAAAAGUUGGCUGGCAAAGGGCUCCAUUUCUCUCCAGAGGCUGUAGAAAAAUGCCAAUAGUAGCGAAGAAUGGCUUAGCUAAAACCAGCACACUCUCAAAAGGUCAGGGGGAGCCUGCAGCCCCCAUGAAGAGGAAAACCUGGCUGGAGAGAAGACACCACCAGAGCUGCUGUUCUGCUCCUUCUAAUUCCUGUGAGCAUGUCCUGCUGGACAAACUGCCACUGGAGAUGGGACACUGUUCAACUCCUUCUGGGAAGCAGAAAGCUGGUGGGAGGCCACCCUGUCCCCAUGGCUGCUAAGCAAUCUUGCCUGUGAUGAUGAGCAUUCACUUACAAGGUCAUGGCUAAACUUUCCCUCAUCUUUUAUUUUAAUGCCUUAACUCCAUGGCUCUGCAAUGAUACUGCUGCCACUGCUUGCAUUUCAGUUACCAUAGGCAUCAGUGGCACUUUUCUGAUAAAAAAUCACAUUUUGUGAAAUUACACAGGUGCUUGUAUUUUCACCCGUGAGAAAAAAAAUGAUGCUUUAAAAAAAAAUUUAUGAAUCCCCUAAGCAAAUGCUAUAGACCAGUUGCAUAGGCAAUGAAGUUACAGAAGCCAGUGGAGCCAGGAAUUUGAAUAGCCCACACAGUUAAAGGAAAGGGCUCACCAUCUUUAAAAUCCAUGGAGGCAUUCCAAAUAUGAUUAUUCUGCAAUCCUGUUGACAACAAAUCUUGCAGGCUGACACUACAUGCCCCUUCCCAUUGAUUGUAUGGCCUGCACAAGCACUCUGAGCCUAUUAAGCUUGAAGUCCCUGCUGCAGAUAAUAACUUAGACAUUUCAGUCCCUCAAGCAGACACAAAAAGUACUUACUAGCACAGUUGUCAAUUUUGUGGAAAUGUCCUGUGGGAUUCCGUAAGUAUCCUAACAACUGGCUGAGCUCUUUCCUUCGCUCCCACAGGUGUGGUUAAAUCAAGGAGCAGUCAGUGCUGGCUGGAGGCAGGCAGAGCUCAGCUGCCUGGUGCCUGCCAGAGAGUGUCUGAUCCACUGCUGGCUGCUAAAUGCUCAGGAAAGGCUCCAUCUCCCACCAUGGCAGAGGAGUCAGUGAGACCUCCCCUGGACUCAGAAGGGAAAUCCUAAUACAACUGAUUUUCAUCAUGACACAGCAGCAAAUCAGCUUUUCUCAGUGGUGGAAAUGGGAAUUUCUGACAUUCUCAGGUCUUUGCUGGUUCCAGAUCAACUCACACUGAUGUCAGUAAUUCACCCCCGUGACCGAGCAUCACGGCACAGCCUGAAGGGGACUCACCUGGGGGCACCUGCUGGGAGGUUCAGCACGGCUCCUGGACCAGGGCACUGCUCCUGGCAUCCCUCAUGGCACAGGGAGAGCCAGCUCUGCUCCUCUCUAGAACUGCACAAUGCUCACCUGUGGUGGCAGUGACUCCCGACCACUGUCACCCCUAAAGGAAACGGCUGUCUCUCAUUCUGAUCAAAUUCCAUAGCUCUGCUCAUGGCUCUGCUCUGGUGGGAUCUUGUGCCUGUAUUUUGGGUUGAAGUCACUUCUGUUUUGUAAAGCAGCUCAAGUGGUUUUCCUGCUCUGUAUGAAGGAUAAAGGUUGCAUCCACCAGUCUCGGUGACACUUUACCCACCCUCAUGGCUCUACUGGCUAUGAACCAAAUAGUAAUGAGAAAGAGCAGCAUAACAGAGUGUCAAAGUUACAAAACAGGCUUUUCUUUUUGUCUUGGUUUGGGGUUUUUUGCUGCUUCUAAUAGCUCUUCUAGGAAACAAAAUUUCCCAAUACUUCCUUUUCUGGUAAGACAGAGUGUGUGUGGUAUCCUCCCCCAAAGGCAAGAAAAGGACAUUCUCUGGUUUUUUUUUUUGAACUGAAGCCAUACUUCAGUUUGGGCUGUGCAUUCCAGUGUCGCUCCACUCGUGAAUUGAUCAAAGAUACCAUGGACAAUGGGAAAAGUAGGAGGGAGUGCUUGAACACGUGUGCUGCAGACAGGUGUUUAAAUGAAUUCACUGCAUAUGAAGAAAAUUCCGAACUUUUCCUUCUGAAUUUGCACUUUUAUAUGAACAGCACAGUUGAAUUAGAGCCUGAAGAUGAUAAAAAUGCAGACACACAAUAACAAGGCUGGUCUUCUAGAUCCUUUGAUCCUACAACCUGUUUUCUCCAAGAGCAAGGUUUAGCUUCUAGGAAAAUAAAGGUGACACAAACAAAAGUGCUUUCUGUUAGGAUAAGAAACCAUCAAAUAUCAGUGCAAAAUUUCAAAACCUGCUGAAUUCUCAGUAUGUAGAAUUGGUCCUGGCUACUCUCUGCUCUGUAUGAUUUCAGUGUCACUGUUGUCCUGUCAUUUAUUUGAAGCCAAAACCAUUAUAUUUGGGAAGCAGGUAGGCUUUCAGACUCUCCAAAACCAAUUCAGUAUAAUUAUGGGGUAGGAUGUACUAAAACUAAACUGUUAAUUCAUACACAAACUAAAACAUAUAUUUAGCUGCCUCCAGGAUUCUUGUGAACAACAGCAACACACAGAUAGGACAGAAUGCAUUUAUUUCAUCUUGCAAAGCCAUCAUGACGUGAAAGAGGACAUUCAAAGGCAAAGGAAAAAUCCUUUUGUUUAAUGAAAACUGAAUGGGAGGUACAUUUUCUUACACUGUGGUCUCCCGUCCCAGCUCCCCUCCCUGUCUGAAACACUGUGCCAAAGCUCAAGCAGUAAAUCUCUCUCUGCCAAAAGAAGCCUGCUGGAAACCAGAAUAAAUACAAGUGGAGACUGGAGUAGAGACUGAAGCCUCAUCUCAUUUUGGA